UCCAGUUCAGUUCUGCCAGCGAUCGCCUUGCACUCGGAGCGGAAUUUUCCAAUUAAGGGAUAUACUAUAGUAAACAACAUGUGGGCAGAUCUCGCGGGCAAGGUGAUCUUGGUGACCGGAGCUGGAGCCGGAAUUGGCCAGGCCCUGGUCAAGCAGCUGGCCAGCGCAGGAGCCACUGUGAUCGCGGUGGCCAGGAAGCCGGAGCAGCUCCAGGAGCUGGUCGCCUUCGAUCCGGUGCACAUCCAGCCGCUCCAGCUGGACCUCAGUGGUUGGCAGGCGGUGCGCGAGGGUCUCGCCAAGGGUCCCAAGCUGGACGGACUGGUCAACAACGCCGGCGUGGCCAUCAUCAAGCCGUUCGAGGAGCUCACCGAACAGGAUUUCGAUACACACUUCGAUGUGAACAUCAAGGCAGUGUUCAAUGUCACCCAGGCACUGCUGCCCCGCCUCAAGGAUGGAGCCUCCAUCGUGAACGUCUCCUCGAUUGCUUCGAGCCGAUCCUUUGGUGGCCACACGGCGUAUAGUGCCACCAAGGCGGCCCUCGAUUCGCUGACCAAGUCACUGGCCCUGGAACUGGGUCCGCGCAAGAUCCGUGUCAAUUCCGUCAAUCCCACCGUGGUGCUGACCAAAAUGGGUGCCGAUAACUGGUCGGAUCCGGCCAAGAGCGGACCCCUUCUGGCCCACAUCCCGCUGAAUCGAUUCUGCGAGGUGCAGGAAGUCGUGGAUGCCACCGGCUAUCUGCUGAGCAGCAAGUCCAGCUUCGUCAAUGGACACCACAUCCUGCUCGAGGGAGGAUAUGCUGUUUCCUAACAACUUGUUUUAACUUCUAAUCCCGAAAUUCGAUUAAAUAAAACAUAAAGCAAGUAAA